CGUCAUUGUACAUUUGUGGAACGAGCUGGCCCAAUUGUGGCUCAGAGAUGGAAGCAAGCCCCUGAUGCAAAAAGCUCUUCGGAAACGGAAAUGGAAUCUUCGUGAAGUUGGAGCAGGUGCCUCUUCCCUUUUGCACUCACAAGUGCUUGAUUUGCUCACCAGCUUUAAGUGGAUUGCAUCUGAAAUCACCUGACUUGGAAUCACUGCGAUUCGUGGUCGCUUUGCUCAAAACCCUUACAGGGAUAGUGGCUUGCCGGCCCACUUUUUUUGAACUUCGCUGGGCGGUCUCUCGGAGACGUAGAUGCCGACCGUCAAGCCUAACGAGGAAAGAGUCGCGCUGUUGAAGGAUUUCUACGAAGAACAACUUUCGGAUGGCUUCAGAGAAGAUCGGUUCUGGGAGCUUUCCAAGAAGGAAGGCAUUCCAUACACCAGGUUUGCAAAGGCCAUGCAGGAGAAGAAGGUACCAUGCACUUUCACCUUCAUCGAUAUUCAUGAGAAAAGAGGAUUGGAUGAAAACAUUAUGCAGUCCAAGCGGAACGUUGCCUUUCUGUCAUCGUGGCUUCCGACGUUUGCCCUCAACCCGCCCACGUCAAAGGAAGUCCAGGAAGCCUUGGCGUGCGUCGCUGUGGAGCACCACCUGGUCGCGGAUCGGAGUGUCACAUCAGAUGUUGAGGAGUGGGCCCAAGAGGAAGGAAAUUUACAUCGACUUCUUCAAGCGAAGAUCCUCAAUUCCUAUCGGAGGUCACCCAAUGCCAGGAAGUUGGACUGCCCCAUGCACCAGCUCAAGACUCUGAUUCGUGCUAUCUUUGAGGGCGCUGGCAUCGCAAAGCGAACAAGAUCUAUUCGGAAGCCACUUUCUGCCCAGGAUGUCACGAAGGAAGACCAAGACACAAAGGACAAGAAUGAAGAAGUCACAGGUGCCAGGAAAGAUUGCGAAAGCGUAGCCCAAACAGAGGGCGAUGAAGAGGAUGAGGACAUAGUGGUCAUCGAGGAAGAGGAAGAGGAAGAAGAGUUUGAAGAUGACAAGGUCCUGGAAGAGGUCGAAGGAAAAGUUAAGGAGAUCGAAGAAAAGAAGGACUAUCCAGAGGAGAUUGCUCAAGAAGAGAUGGAAGAGCGUGAUGAAAAGAAGGACAAGGUAGAAGGCACGAAAGAAGAGCGAAAGGAGGUCGAAGAAAAGCAGGCAAAUGAAUGUGAGAAGGUGGAAGAUGUGCGAGAAGAGCGAAAGGAGAAGGUUGAAGACAAGGAUGCACGUGGAAAGGAGAAGGUAGAAGAGACGAAAGAAGAAGGAAAGGAGGUCGAAGAAAAGAAAGCAAAUGAGCGUGAGAAGGUAGAAGACGUGCGAGAAGAGCGAAAGGAGAAGGUUGAAGACGAGGAUGCACGUGGAAAGGAGAAGGUAGAAGAGACAAAAAAAGAAGGAAAGGAGGUUGAAGAAAAGAAGGCGCAUGAAGAGGAGAAGGUACACAAGAAGGCAAAUGAACACGAGAAGGUAGAAGAAGAGCGAAAGGAAAAGAUUGAAGACAAGAAAAACGAAGAAGUACAAGAUGAAGAACCAGAGCCACUUGAUGAACACCAGUUGGAGGAGCUCAAAAAGGCGAGCCAGGAAUACAACCAAAGAAUCGAGGAGGAGGCUCGAAGCAUGCAAGCAGCACAGGUCGAAGCUUAUGAGGAAAAGGAAAAGGACGCUGCGUCACCAAAGAGGACUGCAAUGGAGCUUGAUGAAGAGGUUCAGCGGCUGCAAGAACAUGCGAAGGAAACAAGUGAUAAGAUAGCCGCGAAAAAGAAACAGCUUCAGGAAGCACAGCAAAAGGAAUUGAUGAAGGCCCAAGAAGGAGUGGAGGCUGAGGCAAGGAAAAGGAAAGAUCGUGACGAAAAGGAAGCAACCCAGGAAGGGCUGAAGAAAAUCAAAGCAGACCAAAUUGAUGAAUCAGGAAUGUUUGAAGCGGCCAUCUUUGAAAUGCUUCAGGCCAAGAGAGAGGGUGAUGAGCAGAAGCGUCAAGAAAAACAACAAGUUGUCCUUCAAUGCAAGAGGACAAUCCGUGAAAGAGUCAGGGAGGAAGAACGCCAGAAACUCCGCGAGGAGCAGGAGAAGGAAGACUUGGAGGAUGAAAGAAAAGCUUGCGCAGAGUUCAUUGCAGCACGUAAGAAGGCACAGGAGAAGGAGGAGGAGCGCAAAGGUGACAAAAAUGGCGAGGGCGAGCAUGAUCGAGGCAGUGAUGAGGAAGCUCCCAAGACUGCUUUCGCGGACUACCGCCCUUUCUUGAAAAAGACGCCUGAACUUUUGAUGAUCCCGGAGGAGUUCCAAAAGAAGUCAAACGAGAGUGAAGCAGCAAAACUUCUGGAGGAACAGAAGGAUGCAAGAGACAAGAUCCGGGAAGAGAAACGAGCUAAGGCAGAAGCAAAGGCCUCAACAAAGGGAAAGGGAAGAGGUCGCGGAAGAGGCAAGGCCAAAGCCAAAAAGAACGAGGGACAUGAAAAUGAUGAGAUGUUGACUGAGGAAAACAAAGAGACAAAGAAGCAAUCGAAGCAGGAGGACCUAGUGGGCAUGGAUGCACACAUGGAGGCUGAAGAGGAGAAACUCAAAACAGAGCGAGAUCAAGAGGAUGACGAGCCCAAGCAAAAGCGACGACGAGGAGUAGGAAAGCAGAACAAAAGCAAGGAGGCCAGUCAAGACGAUUGCAAGGAUGCGUGUGAGCCAACAGAAGCAGCCAAGGAAUCAGGAGCCGGAUCAGCAGCAGCCAAUGAAGUUGCAAAGCCAAAAGAAAAAGAGAAGGAGGAAGAGAAGGAGGCUGAACCAAAAGGAAAAGACAAAGAAGUGAAGUGAAGGAUGAUGCCAAGGCCAAGAAAGCCAAAAGCCUGGAAGAAUUGGUGCUCUUGGCGACAGUUCCGAACAACCAGUUCCAGAUUGUUCCAGAUCCGGAGCGCUUGAAGACUGCAAUGUUCCAAUCUUACUCUCUAGAUCAUCUAUUGAUCGGUCAACAGUGGUUGGUUCGAUUUGGAGAUUGAUUGUUUAGGUCAUGGACCAUUGACCCUCCCGCUGAUUUGGAAGCAACUGGUGGAGACGGUCCAUCCUCUAUCCAAAUCCUGUUGACCGGCAAUUUCUUGGUCAACCAUGUCGACGCACCAUGCAUCGUGGCCAUCAACUCCAAAUUUGGCAAGCAGUUCAAGGCCA